UGACUUCAAGCAACCACGAGUUGGAGUAACAAACAAUUUCACCAUUUGUCAAAGGUCCUCAGUUUAGAUCCAGAAAGCAAGCUGCGAAAUGAAGUUUGGAACACCCCUUCAGAUCGCUCUUUUCAUUCUUGGGUUAACCUGUGCUUUCCAGGCAAAUGCGCAGGUUCUCCAGUAUCGCAUCACAGAGAAGGACAACUUUAAACUAGCCCCUGCUAUGUGUAAAGCCAUUGKUGAAUUUCAUAAGGACUACACGACGGUUUUCACGACGACUUUCUCGGCUAACAUGGAUCAGGAUUGCAAAGCCAGUGAUAAUCAAGUAUUGAGAUAUGUGACGGUAACGUCGUUGUUAAGAUUGGUCCCAGUUGACUAUGGAAAAAUCAAGGGGAAAGCGCCGAAUCAUAAGACCAGAGUUAACAAGGGGAAAGCGGCGGAUCAUAAGACCAGAGAUAAGACUGAUAAGACUAAGAAUUACGCAAUAGGCUGUUGCUACUUAAAAAAACUAUAAUACUGAAUGUCAAUCAGAAAAUUGUUAACUAGCUAGCAGCUGAUAAUGAAUGAUGAAUAAAAGAGCAGUUUGCUAAUGCAGCAAACCAUAUAUGUAAUAUAA